AUGGCGAUCAGAGUGCAGUUCGAGAACUCCAACGAAGUUGGCGUCUUCUCCAGGUUGACCAACUCGUAUGCACUUAUUGCCAUGGGGGGGUCGGAAAACUUUUCCAGUGUGUUCGAAUCGGAGUUAUCCCAACAUAUUCCCCUCGUGUAUACCACCAUUGGAGGUACUAAAGUUAUUGGAAGAGUUUGCGUCGGGAAUAGGAAGGGUCUACUCGUUUCGAGCAUUUGUACAGAUCAGGAACUCCUCCACUUAAGAAACGCCCUCCCAGAAAAUGUAAAAAUAAAAAGAGUCGAAGAGCGUCUUUCCGCGUUGGGUAAUUGCAUAACGGCUAAUGAUUACGUGGGAUUAGUUCACACAGAUAUAGACAGAGAGACGGAAGAAAUAAUACAAGACGUCCUAGAUAUAGAAGUCUUUCGUACAUCUAUAGCUGGAAAUUUACUUGUAGGUACCUACUCCUAUUUUACCAACAAUGGGGGACUCCUACAUGCUAUGACCUCCUCCCAAGAAAUUGAAGAGCUUUCGGAACUUUUACAAAUCCCUUUAAUUACCGGCACGGUUAAUAGAGGCAGUGACCUCAUCGGGGCUGGACUGGUGGCCAAUGACUGGUCAGCCUUCUGUGGUAUGGAUACCACUGCCAUUGAGUUAAGCAUAAUUGAAAAGGUCUUUAAGCUGAACAGCAUAGAGGAUGCAAACAUCGAAGACAACUUCAAAUACAAGUCGUCAAUAAUUCAGACAAUGAUUUAG